CUUCUCCUUCUAACAACCAUUGAUCUCCAGCGUAGCUAGCACCAGGAAGUAGAAAGGAACUCACCUUUCAGUUCAGGCUACCAUGGGCAAGAUGUGCUGCAACAACGAGUCCGAGGAGGAGGCGGGCUUCAGCUUCAUGGGGCUUCUCGUCGCGGCCGUCAUCGCCUUGGUGAUGAUGCUCCUCUGCACGCCGCCACGCCGGCGCUCCGUCACCAUCUACCCGUGCUGCUGA